GAGGCUCGGAGGGCUGGGGAGCGAGCCCCUCCCCCACCCCCGGCCUCGGGAAGGAGGUGGAUCGGCUCCCCGGGAGGCAGGGUCUCGGAGCAGCGGGGCGGGAAGAGAAAGAGGCGCUUUCCGAUCACUUAAUGAACGCUCUGCGGCCCUGGAGUAGCGCGUCCCUGCGGCCCCCGCGGGGCGUUCCCACCUCUGGAAGGAAGUCUGGAGCACCAGCAGCUAAGGGGGAUGAGGCUGGACCAGCAACCCCCGACACACACCCUUUUUACCGAGGAGGUUCUCCCUCCAGCCCAUUCCGGAGAGGAAGAUUCCCAGCCGGUAUCUAGGGCAGCCCAGCCCCUUUACACACCCACACCUUCUCAGACCAGGCGAGGUGACGCCAGGACUGUCCCAGGUGGAGUACGCUCUGCGCAGACACAAGCUGAUGGCCUUGAUCCAGAGCGAAGCCCGCGGCCAGGGUGGGACAGACCACACAGCAGUCUUGCUCUCCAACCCCACAUUCUACAUGAGCAAUGAUAUCCCCUACACCUUCCACCAAGACAAUAACUUCCUGUACCUCUGUGGAUUCCAGGAGCCCGACAGCAUCCUGGUCCUCCAGAGCCUCCCCGGCAAGGAGCUCCCUGCCCACAGAGCUGUGCUCUUUGUCCCUCGGAGGGAUCCCAGCCGGGAGCUCUGGGACGGGCCACGCUCGGGGGCUGACGGAGCCGUGGCUCUCACUGGUGUGGAUGAAGCUUUCCCUCUGGAGGAGUUCAAGCAUCUGCUUCCCAAACUGAAAGCGGAGACAAGUACAGUUUGGUAUGACUGGACCAAGCCCUCCCAUGCCCAGCUACACUCUGACUACAUGAAGCCUGUGACAGAGGCCAAAGCCGGCAGCAGAAACAGGGUGCGAGCUGUCCGGCACCUGGUGCAGCGCCUUCGGCUCGUCAAAUCCCCUGCCGAGAUAGCGCUCCUGCAGGGCGCUGGGCGGCUGACGUCCCAGGCUUUUAUAGAGACCAUGUUUGCUAGCAAAGCCCCAGUGGAUGAAGCAUUUCUUUAUGCAAAGUUUGAAUUUGAGUGUCGGUCUCGGGGUGCAGACAUCUUGGCCUACCCGCCUGUGAUCGCCGGGGGUAACCGGUCUAAUACUUUGCACUAUGUAAAGAACAACCAGAUUAUUAAGGAUGGGGAGAUGGUGCUGCUGGAUGGCGGCUGCGAAUCUGCUGGCUACGCAAGCGAUAUUACCCGCACCUGGCCAGUCAAUGGAAGGUUCUCUGCGGCCCAGGCAGACCUCUAUGAAGCUGUGCUGGACAUCCAGAAGGCAUGCCUGGCCCUCUGCCGCCCUGGGAAGAGCCUGGAGAACAUUUACAACCACAUGCUGGCUCUUAUCGGGCAGAAGCUGCAGGAGCUCGGGGUGGUGACCGGCCUCCGAGCCCACAGUAUCACCAAGGCAGCUCGGAAAUACUGCCCCCAUCAUGUCGGCCAUUACCUCGGCAUGGAUGUCCACGACACUCCGGACAUGUCCCGCUCGCUGCCCCUCCAGCCCGGCAUGGUGGUCACCAUCGAGCCAGGCAUCUAUGUUCCCGAAGAUGACUGUGACGCCUCUGAGAGGUUCCGAGGUCUCGGCGUGCGCAUUGAGGAUGACGUGGUGGUGACGGAGGACUUGCCACUCAUCCUGUCUGCCGAUUGCCCUAAAGAGAUGCACCACGUUGAGCGCAUCUGUGACCGGGGUUCUUGACCUGUGCGCCUGGGUAGACCUGUGCGGCUCAAGGAUCCUCCGUGGUUGUGCAUAUACAUAUAUUCUUGAGUACAUGUUUAUGCAUGUAUAUGUAUAUGCAUACAUGUAUACAUGUAUGUGUGUGUAUAUAGAUAUAUAUCUAUAUAUGUACACACACAUACGUAUUGGUAUAUACUUCCUUAUUUGGGAGUCGGGGAGAGUCUUUAUGCAGACAUUUUCCUUUUAUACUUGGGAAGCCUGAAGAGGGAAUUAUUCAGCUAUACGUGAACAUAGCUCCGGGAAGAGGAGGAAUCAUCUACACACUCAGUAGUGACUUAGGCCAGCUCGAGGUUUAAAGGUAAAGGGUGGGUGAGGUGUACCCAUAGCUUUAAUUAGUAAAUCGUUUAUUGUCAAAAGCAGAAAAAAGAUGCCCAUGUCCUGCCCUCCCAGUUCAGCCCUCUGUGUUCCUGCUUCCAGGGACUCCAUGGCUAAGGCUUCCGUGUAAUGUGUUUUUUGAGUGUUCACCAUCUGACCCUGCCCUAGAGGCCACCAGUCAUUGACGUAGAGAUCAGGCCCUUGGCGUCUCCUUCCUCUCUCCUCUUCCUCUCUCCCAUGGGUCUUCAGCUGAGGGCAUGGGGCCUGACGCCUGUUGUUGCCCGCAGUUCACACCCAGAAGCCCUCAGCUGGCCACUUUAUUUGCCUGACUUUGGUGGACUGGCUGGUGAAGCUACAACCUCAGUGCACGUGAAGGCUCAGAGUAGGGCAGGAGAGGCGCUUGGUUCUGGACAGACCCUGAAAAGCCGCAGCCUCCCUCCCCUUCUCAUGCCUUCCUCAUGCAGGGUUAGCUCUGCCUGUGUUUCCCAUUCCUUGGUCAAGCUGCCUCUCUUCCCUGGCCGAUUAUCAAGUGAUGGGACCGGCCUCCUUCCUGAGGCUGCAGCGUAGGGGGAGACUCACUGUCUCUCCCACCAUUUGCUGCAGGGCAGUGCUAAUGCCGGUAAAGCCUCUGAUGAGCCUUCAGCUGUCCUGGCUCCUGUCGAGGCACACCCAGCUCUGGCCUUGGUGCUGGGGCCCGGCAAGGGAGGAAGCAUUGGGAAAGGGUUAAGAGUCAGUUCAAAAAUCAAAGCCCGAGCUUCAGAAAGUGCCAGUAAGAGGGCCAUGGGAUUGUUUAAUAAACACGUCAGGGCAGCGAGCUUGAGAAGUGACACCCUUCUUGGAGUGCUGGAAGGGUGCCUAUCUGAUAGGACUGCAGAGAGAUACGGAGGAAGCCAAGGGCGGGCGCUCCAUCAGGAGGCAAGGAUAAUGUUACAAAGCCAAAGUGUUACAAAUUAUAUCCGGGCUGCCCUUCCCCCCACCCCCUCUGAGAUGGGGCCCAUGGUGGCUGGACAGCUGGAGCAGGUGUCCACAAGGAGGCCCAGAGAGCCGAGAUGUCCCUUUACAGCCCUGACGCACGCACAUACACUCCCUCACCCGGGCCCCAACUUGGGUCUCCCAUUGCCCAUUUUAAGUGUAGAAAAUGAGACGAGCAAGGCAGAAGGGCUUCUUUUGCUCAGGGUCCUUGAAUAAAAGAUUGCCUUUUCUUUCUACAUAGCAUUCCUUGUGAAAGAACACAUAGUAACAAGUCUUCCACUUUCUAGCUAAGAAACCAGCCAGUUUUGGGCUGAACGCUUGCUUGCAUUUGACUCUUUAUCUCUUCCUUCCCCCAAAAAGAAACUUUCAAGUCACUGGGGACUUGCAUCUGGGCCCUAGAGCCUCAAGUGUGCCUUGUAGCAGAUUUGGGGGGGAGUGCUGCUGGGCCAUUGUUCAGUCCCCGAAUCCCAACCAAAUCCUCCUGGAUACUUGACCUGAACAACCGGUGCUCCCGAGGUCAGAGUCCCAAGCACAAUCACCUCGAAGGCUUUUAUAAAAGAGGUGUCUGGCUCACUAGGUUUGGGAAUUGGAAAGUGGACAGUUCUACCCAGGGUACGGCCUCAGUGCACCCCAGAAAGAUUUAUCCUCCAGCCAGAAAAGCAUCCCAUCCUUUCAACGCCCACCUACACCCCCAGCGUGCAGACUUGAUUGGGCAGUGACAAGAAAGAAGCUCAGUUCUAUUUUCUGCUCUUUCUUCUUUCCCAAGUGGAGGUUGAGGAAAGUUUGAAGAACAAUGCAUAGACAUGGAAAGUUGUUAUCUCGAGGUGGCUGUUGCUGCUUGUGUUUGUUCAUAUCAAGAAAGAACCUUGGCUUGUUUCUGGGUGAAGAGAGGGGAAGGCAGCAGCCUCGUUGUUGAGGCGUCGCCGUUGGGUGGGCACCCUUUAUAAUGUGUCUGAUCUCCAAGCACCAUGUUUGGCAUUUAUUCUAGAAAGUGCUGAAAGGGAAGGACUCUUUGUGUCACACAGCCUCCCCUCUUCACUGAGAGCAGGGGUCGUUUUAAGAUGUUUCAGAACCUAUCUUCAGAGCAGCUUGGUGAGCCCCUCAGGGAGUUAGGAUCUCCUCGGCUCUAACCACAGAUAGCUCCUCUGCUUUUCCCAUGGGAGCAGAAAGAAGGGCCAGCAAUAACAAAGAGGAAAUCAGAAGAGGGGGUGGGAUUUGGGGGGCUUUUGGAUUUGGGUCUUCAUUUCCGCCAUUUAAACAGUGUUAAAGUCAGACUGGGGCCGACAAAGCCUGUGGCUUGAGGGUGGCGUCCCUUUAAGCUGAUAACUGCUCUGGUGCUGGUCUAGGCCCAUCCGUAACUGGAACAGGAGAGAAAGGUUGGCUCACAAAUACCUCAUGCAUCCCUUGGGGGAAGACUCGUGUCUCUUCUCUUCUUCCAAGGCCCUUCCCAAGUUCACAGAACGGCUGGGUGUUCCUGACUACCCUCUUGCUUCCUGCCCCCAUGGGGAAAUCAUGGCAGAUUCAUGGUGGGGAAUAGCAUUGGUCUACUCACGGGGUAGCUGAUCUCAGCCAGCAUUCUGACAGUUUUGUGAACUUGCUGUAUGUGCUAUGAAUAUUGAAUUUGGACAAAAUGCUGUUACUUUGUAAAGACUUGCCUGCCAAGAUAUCAGGUAUUUCCCAACAAGGGAAAAAAAUUGUUACUAGUGUUUAAAAAAUAAA